CGCGUAUCCUUAUUUUACGGCCGCUGAACUGGAUCUCUUCGCUUUGACUGUCAUGCCAGCCACUUUCGCUAUGACAUGUCAAGCCUAUCGUCACUUCCCCUCCCCUCCCUGGUCCUGCACAGUCAAGUACCUUCGAGUCCACUCAAAUCACCCUAAUUGUCCUGAGGCAAAUGUCAGACGAGCCGCUACAGGCCUGUGCAGGUCAUGUGAAGGGACGGAUGAUAUAGCCAACUGUCAGGAACGUCUGAAUCAUCUCUUUACGAUGUAUCUCCACAUCGCCCUCUAUGAUAUCGGAAUGACAGGCCCUCAUUUCAACUAGUGGCAAGAGAUUCACCCGUUUGCUAAAGUCGUACCAGAUCAACAAUCCUAACCGGGAUUCAUUCUGGGAGCUAGCGCAUACCAUCGAACCCAAUCUGGUUAGUACGGAUAAAUUCAACUGCUGUAACAAAACGCAGAGCGAAGCGAGAGGCCGUUGUUAUCGACACAUCUUCAAUGUGGCUGGACGUGCGCGCAAUAGUGUAUUCGGAUACUAUCUGAACUCGUUAAAGAGUGCUCGCCUUGGGGAUGUUGGGUGAAAGUCCUGAUUGGCUUGGGGAUACCGUCGAUGGAAUACGAGUAGUUGAUUACGAUUUCACCAUGACAUGAG